UGGCGUGCGCUCUAGGCCUGCGGGUGUACUGUUUGAUCGUGAUCGUGAACGUGUGUGUUGCAAGGACGUUAGCAAGGACGACGCCGCGAUUUGAUAGCCUUAUAUGUGUGUGUCCUUUUGGCAAUGCGCAGGCGCAAAGUGCAAACGAAUGUUCCAAGUGACAAGUGUGCCAAAUAAUUAACAAACUCAAGUGAUAAACAUUUCAAGUGCCUGUGCAUCAGAAAGUCAACUUCUAAAUAUUUGUGCAGCGCCAAACGCUGUCGAUUAGUAUACAGCAGCAGCAGCAGCGAAAUGGAUUUAUCGAGGCGGUUGCGCUCAACUGCCUUGAUAGCAUUCAUAGUACUUAUAGGCAUACAAGACUCACAGAGUAGAUUCCCUGGACUACGCGCAAAAAGACAAUAUGGCGCAAAUCUGUAUUUGCCCGCCAGUUCCGUGACGCCUGGUGGCGAGGGUAACGAUCCCAACGAGUGGACCGACUGGAGCUCACCCUCGGAUUGCUCGCGCACCUGUGGAGGCGGCGUUUCCUUUCAGACGCGCGAAUGCCGCCGUAGAGACUCGAAUGGCGAAGCUAUGUGCAGCGGCGGCAGUCGUCGUUACUAUUCGUGUAACACACAGGACUGUCCCGAGGAGGAGCCGGAUUUCAGGGCUUUGCAGUGCUCGCGCUUCGACGAUACCAAAUUCGAUGGCGUGCUCUACGAAUGGGUGCCCUACACCAACGCGGCCAAUCCCUGUGAGCUGAACUGCAUGCCCAAGGGCGAGCGCUUCUACUAUCGCCAGAGGGAGAUGGUGGUGGAUGGCACACGGUGCAACGACAAAGACCUGGACGUGUGUGUCAAUGGCCAAUGCAUGUCGGUUGGCUGCGACAUGAUGCUGGGCAGCGAGGCCAAGGAGGACAAGUGCCGCAAGUGCGGUGGUGAUGGCAGCACCUGCAAGACCAUCCAGAACACGUAUACCUCCAGCGAUCUAGCCGCUGGGUAUAACGAUCUGCUGCUCGUGCCCCAAGGAGCCACGAAUAUCCGUAUUCAGGAAUCGUCGCCAUCGAACAACUAUCUGGCCUGCCGCAAUCAGACGGGUCACUAUUAUCUGAACGGCAACUGGCGCAUCGAUUUCCCACGUCCCAUGUUCUAUGCGGGCGCCUGGUGGAACUAUCAGCGCAAGCCGAUGGGCUUUGCGGCGCCUGAUCAGCUGACUUGCAGCGGUCCCAUAUCCGAGAGUAUCUACAUCGUUAUGCUGGUGCAGGACAAGAAUGUGAGCGUUGACUACGAGUACAGCAUACCGGAAUCUCUGAGCCAUAGCCAGCCAGAUGCACACACGUGGACGCAUCGUGAGUUUGGACCCUGCAGCGCGUCUUGCGGCGGUGGAACUCAGUCCCGCCAAGUGACCUGCAACAAUCGCAUCAAUUUACAAGAAGUCGAUGAGGCUUUGUGCGAGGCUCAGACCAAACCGGUCGAGAGUCAGGCCUGCGGUACUGAGCCAUGUGCUCCACAUUGGGUGGAGGGCGAAUGGAGCAAAUGCUCAAAGGGUUGCGGAUCCGAUGGCUUUCAAAAUCGCACUGUUAGCUGUGAGCGCAUUUCGUCUGAUGGUGUUCACACGGCGGAGGACGAUGCCGUUUGCCUAAAGGAAGUCGGAAACAAGCCAGCAACAACUCAGGAAUGCAAUCGUGAUGUCAAGAACUGUCCGAAGUAUCAUUUGGGACCCUGGAAACCCUGCGACAAGCUGUGCGGCGAUGGCAAAGAAACCCGCAAGGUCACCUGUUUUAUUGAGGAAAACGGACACAAACGCGUUCUGGCCGAUGAGGAUUGUGUGGAAGAAAAGCCUGAGGUGGAAAGAGCCUGUCUUCUGGCACCUUGCGAAGGUGUUGACUGGAUCGUAUCCCAGUGGAGUGGAUGUGAUGCCUGUGGCCAGAAUACCGAAACCCGUACUGCCAUUUGCGGCUCCAAGGAUGGCAAGGUGUACCCAGAGAAGUUUUGCGGAUCAACGGCGCCCGAGUUGUCCAGACCCUGCACUUCUUCAAAGUGCGAGUCGCAAUGGUUUUCAUCCGAUUGGAGCAAGUGCUCAGCAGCAUGUGGAAAAGGCGUACAAUCGCGUAUUGUCCUCUGUGGAAUUUUUGAUGGCAAGAGUAUUAAAACCACAGACGACUCAAAGUGCGAUGCAGCUACGAAACCAAAAUCCGACCAGGAAUGCGAAGGCGAAGAAAAGGAAUGUCCUGGUCAAUGGUUUACUGGUCCUUUUGGUCAGUGUAGCAAACCUUGCGGUGGUGGUGAACGCGUUCGAGAAGUGCUAUGUUUAUCCAAUGGUACAAAGUCCCUCAACUGUGAUGAGUCGAAGGUUGAAUCUAUUUCUGAAAAGUGUAAUACUCAGCCUUGUACCAAGGAUCAAGUCCUGCCUCUCACUAGUACUGAUAAGCCAAUUGAAGAUGAAGAAGAGGAAUGUGAAGAUGAUGACGAGUUUGAUUUGGUCACCUCUGACGUUACAGAUGAAUCAAAUGUUACAGAUGACGAGUCAGAAACAAUGUCAACCACAGACGAUUUGAUGUUGAGUGAUAGUCCUUACACAACUUCUGAAGACGCCUCUGCUUCUACCGACAGCACAGUCGAAGGAUCAGGCUCAGACAGCACUUCAGAUAGCGGCUUUUCAACUGAAGGUAGUGGAGAAGAUGAAGAUACAUCUUCGACGGAUGCAUCUUCCUCUGGAUCCACGGACUUGUCCACUGAAUCAAGUGGAUCUUCUGAUAGCAGUGAUUCGACCUCAGAGGCCUCAUCAUCUUCUGUAUCUGGAUCUACGGCAGACUCCUCAACAGGAGGAUCAACUGAAUCUACUUCGAGUGACACAACAGAUUCCUCAAGCUCAGUCUCAUCGGACUCUAGUUCAACAGACAUUUCGAGCUCGGGCUCAACAGACUCAAGCUCAACUGAUGUAUCGAGCUCAACCGAAGUGUCAAGUUCGACGGAUGCCUCAAGCUCAACGGAUGCUUCAAGCUCAACAGAUGUCUCAAGCUCAACAGAGUCCUCCGGCAGCACUGAUAUCUCAAGUUCGACAGAUGCCUCAAGUUCCACAGAUACCUCAGGCUCAACGGAUGGCUCCAGUUCCACAGACGCCUCAAGUUCAACGGAUGUCUCAAGCUCCUCAAGUGCUUCAAGUUCCACGGACGUCUCAAGCUCAACAGAAGCGUCUAGCUCGACAGAUGCCUCAGGCUCUACUGAUGGUUCUUCCAGUGGAUUUACAGAUAUGCCUAUCGAAACUUCAUCAUCAGAUUCGUCAUCAUCAGUGUCUGGUUCAUCUUCAGAGUCAACUGAAUCUAGUAGCUCAACAGAAGGUGUAUCAUCUACAUCAGAAUCAACUAGUGAUGCAACGAAAGAUACGACAGACAUAUCCACUUCAACGGAUGCUUCUUCUUCGACAGAUUCAUCUGUAUCUACAGAUACGACUGUCUCAACAUCAACUGAAACUACGCCAGAAGUUACGACAGAAUCAACCCAAUCGACUAGUUCACCAGGUUCAACUGAGAGCACAACGGAGGGUAGCUCGACCUCGUCUUCUGAAACGAGUAGUGCGUCUACCGAGUCAUCUGAUUCAACAUCUGGCGUUACAGAAUCUACAGAUUCCUCAAGCUCAGGCUCAACAGAAACCACCGAGCAGGGGUCUACAGAUGGUUCAACAACCAACGAUAGUAGCAGCUCUACCGAUGCUUCUACUGAUAAAUCGACAGAUGGUACAAGCGAUAGUUCUACAGAAAGCUCCACAGAUGGUUCGACUGACGGUUCGACAAAUAUUUCGACUGGCUCUACCGAUGGCUCGUCUUCUGGAUCAUCUGAUGGUUCUACCGACGGUUCUACUGAUGUUACAACCGAUAGCUCGUCCGAUGGCUCAACUGACUCUUCCAAAUCUUCAGAAUCAACUGAGUCUACGACAGCACAAAGCUCUACCUCAUCGGAAAGUACUUCGGAGGGUCCAAGCAGUAGCUCAACGACUGAAGAAAGCUCCAGCUCUACUGACGUCUCAAGCUCCACCGACAGCUCAAGUUCCACCGACAGCUCAAGCUCCACCGACAGUUCUAGCUCCACCGGUAGCUCCACAGAAACGACGGGACUUACAACUGAAUCUUCUGAAUCCACUGGCUCUUCAGAGUCUACCGACAGUUCUUCUGAAACCACCGGGUCUACCGAUGCUUCCUCCACUGAUGUUACUUCUUCGGAGUCUUCUGAUUCAACGGCAACCACCGAAAGUGGAGGUACUACCGAAAGUGGGGCGACUUCAGAUACUACGUCUGAAAGUUCUACAGGUUCAUCAGGCUCCACCGGCAGUUCACUAUCUACGGAGGAAGGCACUACCAAAGAUAUCUGGAGCACGUCUGAUUCUGAUGAUGAAUCAAGCACUCCACACACCUGGGAGACAACUCUUACUCCGACAAAGGAUAAACUACGUAAAUGUAAGCCCAAGAAGAGGAAUUGUGAAAAAUCCGAAUUUGGUUGCUGUCCUGAUGGCAAGUCACCUGCCAAGGGACCAUUUGACGAGGGAUGUCCAAUUGCGAAAACUUGUGCUGACACCGAAUUUGGUUGUUGCUCAGACGGAGUUUCUCCAGCCGAGGGCAAAAGAAACAAGGGCUGUCCGAAAUCGGACUGCGCGGAGACACUCUUCGGCUGUUGCCCCGACAAAUAUACAGCUGCCGAGGGUGAGGAUAACGAGGGAUGUCCAGAGCCAACAACUUUGCCCCCAACAACAACAGAAGAAUCAACUAUUACCACAUCAACCGAAGUUGAAGGAUCCGGUGAUUCCACUUUGUCAACAGAGUCGGAUACCGCUGUCACGUCUUGCUCCUUCACUGAAUUCUACUGCUGUCCUGAUGGAAAGACACCUGCCAAGGGUGAGAACUUCGCUGGCUGUCCAGAACAAGAAGAUCGCCAGGGCUGUGAUAAGUCUGAGCACGGUUGUUGCCCAGAUCGUCGUACUCCUGCUGCCGGUCCCAAUGGCCAAGGCUGUGCUGCUUGCACAAGCGAGCCAUUCGGUUGCUGUCCAGACAAUCAAACGCCCGCUCACGGACAACUGGGCGAGGGCUGCUGCAUUAAUACACCUUACGGUUGCUGCCCCGACAAUAUCCGACCUGCAUACGGACCCAACUUUGAGGGCUGUGAAUGUCAAGCCUCUCCGUAUGGCUGCUGUGCUGAUCAGAAGACAUCGGCACGUGGACCACAACAAGAGGGCUGCCCAUGUGAGACCACUCCACACGGCUGCUGUCCCGACAAAAUCACAGCUGCCAGAGGACCCAAAUUUGAGGGCUGCCCGUGCGAAACAAUGCAGUUCGGUUGUUGCCCGGAUGGUCUGUCCUUCGCCAAGGGACCACAUCACCAGGGAUGCCACUGUGCCCAGUCAGAGCACAAAUGCUGUGAGGACGGUAAGACACCAGCUAAAGGACCGAACUUUGAGGGCUGCACCUGCGUUGAGACCGAGUACGGUUGUUGUCCAGAUGGCGUUACCAAGGCUCAGGAUGACAAGUUCGGCGGUUGCGAAAAUGUUCAAGAGCCACCACAAAAGGCAUGCGGUCUACCCAAGGAACAGGGUAGCUGUGGCAACUUCAGCGUCAAGUAUUACUUUGAUACAACCUAUGGAGGCUGUGCUCGUUUCUGGUAUGGCGGCUGUGAGGGUAAUGGAAAUCGAUUUGAGACCGAGGCUGACUGCAAGGACACGUGCCAAGAAUACACCGGACAGCAUGUUUGCCUGCUUCCAAAGAGCUCUGGUCCCUGCCAAGGCUAUACCAAGAAGUGGUACUUUGACACAGAUCGCAAUCGCUGCGAGGAGUUCCAAUAUGGCGGCUGCUACGGCACCAACAAUCGCUUCGACAGUCUCGAACAGUGCCAGAGCACCUGCGCCAUUAGCGAGAGCUUACCCGCCUGUGAGCAGCCGGUGGAUAGCGGACCGUGCGGCGGCAACUAUGAGAGAUGGUACUACGAUAACCAGACCGAUGUGUGUCGCCCCUUCAGCUAUGGUGGCUGCAAGGGCAACAAGAACAACUAUCCCACUGAACACGCUUGCAGCUACAGCUGUCGCCAGCCCGGAGUGCUUAAAGAGCAAUGCUCACUGCCUAAGCAAACCGGUGAUUGCAGCGAGAAGCAUGCCAGAUGGCAAUUCUCCGAAUCCGAGAAGCGUUGCUUGCCCUUCUACUACACGGGUUGUGGUGGCAAUAAAAACAAUUUCCCCACAUUGGAAUCAUGCGAGGACCAUUGUCCUCGACAAGUUGCCAAGGACAUUUGCGAUAUUCCCGCUGAGGUCGGCGAAUGCGCCAACUAUGUAUUUGCCUGGUACUACGAUACUAAGGAUGCUGCCUGUCGCCAGUUCUACUAUGGCGGCUGCGGUGGUAAUGAGAAUCGUUUUACCAGCGAGGAGGCGUGCAUGGCCCGUUGUGAAAAGAAGCCGGAGCCACCAACUCCUCCCCCAGCGCAGAGCGCCGUGGACGUCUGCGAUCAACCGGAGGAACGCGGCGAUUGUGACAGAUAUGCGCUUAAGUGGAUGUUUGAUAGGUCUAGUGGUGCUUGUCGCCAAUUUUAUUAUGGUGGCUGCGGAGGCAAUGGCAACCGCUUCGAGAACGAAUCUGACUGUAUGCAGCGCUGUGGCAGACAGCAGCCGGAACCACAGCCCCGACCUCAGCCAGAGCCACAACCCCGACCACAGCCAGAGCCACAACCCCAACCACAGCCGUCAGGAUCUCUGUGUGAUCAGCCAGCGUCUGUGGGCGAUUGCGCUGAGUAUGUGCUCAAGUGGAACUAUAAUUCAACUUUGGGUAGCUGCCAGCAGUUCUACUAUGGUGGCUGCGGGGGCAACGAUAAUCGCUUCGAUACCGAACAGGACUGCUCUGCGCGUUGCAUUGCUGGCGUAGAAGAGGAACCACGCCCGGAAUCCGAUACGGACAAGUGCUUCAGGGCCCCAGAGCCUGGCAACUGUUAUGACAACACAACGCGCUGGUACUACAAUAGCCAGGAGGGACUCUGCGAUGAGUUUGUUUACACUGGCUGCGGUGGCAAUGACAACAACUUUGCCACCGAGGAGGAGUGCCAGAACGACUGCCAUCCUGCACAGGAGACCUGCUCCCUGCCACCAGUGGCCGGACGCUGCAGCGACAUCUCGCAGCGGUGGUACUUUGACGAACGAACCGGUGCCUGCCAUCAAUUUGAGUUUACAGGCUGCCGCGGCAAUCGCAAUAACUUUGUGUCAGAACGUUCCUGCUUGGAGUACUGUCGUCGUGAUCAAUCGCAGCCGGAGCCGGAACCAGAACCGCCAGCACCUUCCUUCUCGGUGUGCACACAACCUCCAGAGGCCGGAGAAUGCGACAACGAGACCACCGCCUGGUUCUACGACAACGAGAAAAUGGCCUGCACAGCCUUCAGCUACAGCGGCUGCGGCGGCAAUGGCAAUCGGUUCGAGACCCGCGAUCAGUGCGAACGCCAGUGCGGCGAGUUCAAGGGUGUCGACGUUUGCAAUGAGCCGGUGACAAGGGGUCCCUGCACACAGUGGCAGACCCGCUACUACUACGAUCGCGACAGCCAGACCUGCCAGCCCUUCACCUACGGUGGCUGCGAUGGCACUGGCAACCGUUUCAACGAUCUCUAUGAGUGUCAAACGGUUUGUGUCGCCGGCCGCGAGCCACAGCCUUCGGGUGCGGCCAAAGAUAUCUGCCGGCUACCGGUGAUCAUCGGUGUGUGCAACGGGCGCUCGGUACAAGAGCGUCGUUGGUACUACGACGAUGAGCGCGGCACUUGCGUGUCCUUUAUUUACUCGGGUUGCUCUGGCAACCAGAACAACUUCCGUUCCUUUGAAGCAUGCACAAAUCAAUGCGGAAAGCCAAUCGAGAAUGAGAUCGUCAACGAAAUCUCUCCCAGCCGCUGCGAAACCUACGAUAACGAGUGCCGUGAUCUGCGCUGCCCGUACGGCGUGCGUCGGGUGCCCGCCGAAUCGCAGCCGGAGUGCGAGCAGUGCAUCUGCUUAAACCCUUGCGAAGGCUACCCUUGCCCCGAAGGUCAACAAUGUGCCAUCGAUGUGUCCAACAACGGAGAUCGCGAUAAUCAGUUUGUGCCCGUCUGUCGUGACAUCAACAAGCCUGGUGUCUGCCCACAGUUGGCGGCCAACGCCAGCGAUUGCGCCCGGGAAUGCUACACCGAUGCGGACUGUCGUGGCGAUAACAAAUGCUGCAGCGAUGGCUGUGGACAUCUCUGCGUGGGUCCAGCACGUCCCACACGGCGACCCAAUACUCCGCCGCCGGCAGUCAUUUACCCAGGCGAGGUGAGAGCUACGCUUGAGUCGAAGCAGCCACAGGAACUGGAUGUACAGACCUCGAUUGGCGGCAUUGCAGUAUUACGUUGCUUUGCAACUGGCAACCCGGCCCCGAAUAUUACCUGGUCUCUAAAGAACGUGGUGAUUGACACGAACCAAGGGCGAUAUGUGCUCACCUCGAGCGGUGAUCUGACCAUUGUUCAGGUGCGUCAAACCGACGAUGGAACCUACGUUUGCGUCGCCAGCAACGGCUUGGGCGAGCCAGUGCGUCGCGAAGUUGCACUACAAGUAACAGAGCCUAGAGAUGUGCCCGCCUAUAUCUAUGGCGAUAAGAACGCCACCCAAAUUGUGCAACUGAACCGACCGGCGUUGGUCCGUUGCCCGGCUGGUGGUCAGCCUGCGCCCCAUGUCAGCUGGUGGCGCAACAAUCGACUCUUCGGCAUGGGCAGUGAAACGGGUCGCGCUGAGAUGAACCGCGACUAUUCGCUCUUCUUCCGCUCCAUACAGCUGUCCGAUCUGGGCCUGUAUACCUGCGAUGUGUACAAUAACAAGGGACGUCCAGUCUCGCUGCAUGUUACGCUUAAGGCGGUAGGUCCGGCACGCGCUGUCAACAACGAGGACGCCAAAUACUUGCAGUAUAUCAUUGACCCAGCUACGGCGCCGGUCACCCAAAGGCCCACCUAUCCCUAUAGACCAUCGCGUCCGGUCUAUGUGCCACCCCCUGUUGUGCACGAUCCAAGAAUCGAUGCCCGAGCUGUUAUUGGUCUGGACCCGCAAAAUAGCUACACGCCCGGCUCCACAAUUGCGAUUGGCUGUGCGGUGCAGGGCAAUCCGGCGCCCAAUGUCACCUGGACUAAGGAUAACACGCCCUUAUACGCCAACGAGCGCAUCCAAAUAACAUCCGAUCCGCAUCGCAUGGUCAUCCAUGAUGUUACCACCGAGGAUACCGGCGUCUAUGGCUGCACAGCGCGCAAUGCCUAUAGCUACAGCACCAGCCAGGAGACAGUUACCAUCGAAUCUGUCAUACCGGUAUCGCCCGAAUGUAUUGACAAUCCCUAUUUUGCCAACUGCAAGCUGAUUGUCCAGGGCCAGUACUGUGUGAAUAAGUACUAUGCGCAGUUCUGCUGCAGAUCCUGCACAUUGGCAGGCCAGAUAGCGCAGCCUCAUCCUAAUGCGCUUUAAUUCCAUACCAAACUUUAAAGCCUAGCAUUUUUGUUGGACUUCUGCAUUGAAUUGAGUUUAAACCAGAAAAUAUAUUCCGAAAAUGAGCAAUGUCACAAAACCAGCAGAGAGACCAAAUAAACCCGCCAAUUGCAUAGCCCACAGAUCAAAUA